AAGUUCGCCAGUUCUGUAAGAUAAAUGAUCGAAUAAAUAAAGCUAAGAACUUUUCAUAAAUAAACAGCAGCAGUGGAUAGUUCUUUUAAGACACGAAUCGAUUACUACAUAGAUCAACACAAUGUCAAAAACCAUCAUCAUACUCGUCGUUUGUGUUUUUGCAAUGAGUCUUGCAAGGUCAGUUCCUUAUAUAAGGGGAAAAAUCAGUGGAGGUGAAAGAAUGAGUGAACCAGAAAUUGCCAAAUGCUUGCGAGAAAAACCAUGUAUUGUAACAAUGGAUUUAACUCCUAUGUGUGGUUCUGAUGAAAGAACUUAUCCCAAUAGGGGAUCAAUGGAAUGCUUGAACAAUUGUUUGAAACCAGAAGAAAGAGUCACUAUCGCCAAACCAGGAUAUUGUGAGAAAGAUAUUAUCAGAGACUGAAUAUU